AUGACAGUACAGAACAUCGAAAAUGUCGAAGCGAUAUUUAUUCUCGAUCCCAAUUCUCAAGAUAUCAAAAGUGAUUUUCCAAAAUUAAUUGGUGUUUUUACUCAACAAGAAGAAUUAUUUCGAUCAUUGAAAGAGACACUCGAUAUUUUCGAACAAAUUCAACUUGAAAGAUUUUCAUUUGAAAAUGAGACUUUGUUUCUUUGGUAUCAAUUGUGGAAAGAAGAGCUAACAAAUCGAAAAUCAUCGUCAAACAAAACUGAUUUCAUUGAAAUGGCUCGACUGUGUUAUCGAGAUAAUGGUCGAAUAAUGGAAAUGAUUGAUGAAUUUGAAAAGUCUUAUCGAUCAUCCGAGAUUGUUCAUUGGUGUUUUCGUUCUCCAUUUCCGAGUCAUUUUCUUCAUCACGCGAUUCGUUCUCACAAUUUGGAACACUUGAAUAUGUGUCGAUUUAUGUUUAUCGAUGCCAAUCGUUUCUUUCAACAACAACCGAAACAUAAAUCCAGUGAACAAUUUUAUCGAGGAAUGAAAUUAACCAAAGAACUAUUGGAUCAAUUCGAAAGUCAUGUUGGUCAACUUGUGUGUACAAGUGGAUUUUUUCCAUGUACUAAGUCGAGAACAAAUGCAUUGUCAUUGGCAUCAUCACCCGGUUAUCGUUCUGAUCUUUUAUCUGUUCUAUUUAAAAUCGAUUGCGAUUCGACAAGUAUAUACAGUCAAGUAUCGAACAAAAUGUUAUCAAAUGUGAUUGUCUUCAAUGUUUCAAUUCCAUUUCGAGUGAUCAAUGUCCAUCGAGGACAAAUGUCCGUCAUUAAGAUGAAACCAGCAAUCACAGAUGGAAAACGAAUUGUGCAAGAUUAUCUUGAACAACAUCAUGAUCAACCGAUCCAGUCAAUAUUCGAUCAACUUUCGGUGCCUCCGCGAGUUCAAACUCCUUCUCCACCACCACUGCUUCAAACAAUCACAUCAACAACCCCCAUUUCUACCAGUUCACCUGUCAAUAAUGAUGAAUUGGAAGCACAGAAGCAUUUAGAACGAGGCGAAAUCGAUUUGGUCUUAGUUGCCUAUCGACGUAUUCAUCCUGUUUCUGCUCGAAUUCUAAACAUCAUGGGACGACUGAGUGCUGAGAAGAAGAAAGAUUACGAUUAUGCUUUGGAAUGUCACACACAAGCAUUGAAAAUUCAAGAACAGACAGGUGAAGAUUUUUGUGACACAUUGACUGAUUUGGGUAAUACUCAUCAUCGCCGUGGUCAAUACGACUUAGCUUUGGACUAUCAUCGGCGUGCUCUUGUUCUUCGUGAAAGUGUACAUCCAAGUGAUGUAGCCGCUCAAGCAACUUGUUUACUUGCAAUUGGUAAUGCUCAUUGGGCUCGUCGAGAUUUCGAACAAGCUAUUGACGCGAUACAACGUGCAUUGACUUUGCAAGAGACUGUGCAGCCAGUCAACGAAGUCAAUAUCGGCUCUACUUUAGCGACGCUUGGCAGCAUUUAUCAAGAUUCGGGAAAACAUCGCCAAGCUCUCGACAUGUGCACACAAGCAUUAGCCAUUUUCGAACGAAAUCUCCCAGCCGAUUCACAUGUUAUAGCUGAAUUACUAGAAGACAUGGGCGCCAUUCAAUUGGAUCUACGAGCACUCGAUGAUGCUAAGCAAAGUUUUGAACGCGUUGUCAAUAUUUAUGCGAAAAUUCUUCCACAAAGACAUCCCGAUAGAGUACCAGCAGAAGUCGACCUUGAACGUGUUGUUCGGCUGAUCCAGAAGAAAAAAAACAAGUUGAAAAAGCAGACCUGA